AUCCGAGCAAUGGGCUGAUCGGGAGCCAAAUGAGUCAGUUUCGAAACGCAAGGCAAAGGAGGGACUAUUUGGUUUUUUAAAAACAAACCUAAAUAUCACUUCAGACGCAUCAGCGCCGUAAACCCCACAGCCGCUCCGCCGACCGACCGCUCCGCAGCCGCGCUCCAGGUCUCCGACUCCAACUCGCAUUUGAGAUUAGUCCAUAUAGAAAACCUGGUAUAAAAAAGAUCAACAGACAACAAUUGAUCAUAUACUUGAUGAAUCCUCACAACUAUCGCCAUCAAACACAAAUCAUAGAAGACGUUGCUGCCUUUUCCCGCUGAUUGCCAACCGUCAUCAUCAAACAACAUCAACAAAAUCAGCUGCGUUCCAACUGAGGUUUGGUUGGCGUUCGCUGCAGUGCUGCUAGUCUCUCGCCGCAGCACCGUCAGUAUUAGCAGACUACUUACAUAGCUGUCUGAUUUACGUCGACUGGGGGAAGUCACAUCAGCAACACUUUAGAAGUUUCCUCUACACUCAAGCUAUUUUACAAGAAAGUUUCGAUGGAUUAUUUAGAUGACUUAUUUGAUGAGGAUGCACCAAAACCUGCAAGAAGGAUUGGCAGGUUUAAACCUAAGGCAAGGGCUCCUCCAGUAAAAACAGGGCCUGUUUCUGCACAUUCUCCACCCUCAUCACAGACCAUCCAGUUAGAUAACGAUGCUGGUAAAUAUGGAAGCACUGUUGUUCCAAAGGAUGGACAGCCAUCCGCUAAAGAUGUUGCAAAGUGUGUUGGACCUGUGGAGUCCUCUACUAAACAUAUGGAGGGAACAAUGAUCUUGCCAGAAAAAAAUAUAUGCUCAGAGAAAUCAGUAGGAGAGAUUGCUAAUAUACUACCCGGGUUGGAAUCCGUUGGUUUUUCUACAGACAGUGCAAACGCUCCAGAUAGUUCCAUUCCAUCUCCAGAGGCACCAAAUAUCCCUGAUGUUGAUAACUCUGAACAUUCUGCUGCUCAAGAUACAUUUAUUUCUUGUGGAGAACCUGCUGUUGCUACUUGUGAGGGACUCUCUCAGAUUGAUUGUAUAGAUCGAGGAACAGAGAAAAUGGAGACAUAUCCUUGCCUGGAAACUUCAGAUGAGCUCGAACAAACUGCUCUCUCUGGCAAGCGUACUGGAAAAUUUCGACCAAAGCCCAAGUUACAAGUGGUCGCUAAGGAUUGCAAUACUGGUGUUCCUAAUUCCAAUGCAAAAGAUUCAGAGUCUACUGACUACGUGGGCAAAGAAAGACUUCCUACAUGUGACAACAAUGAUGUUAACGAUGUCUCACCUUCAGGAUUUGGUGAUGCUGCUCCCAUAGAAUCUGCAGCUGAAAUUCCAGCAAACGAGGAGAUGCCAAAUGCUGAUUUUCCAUCUGGCAGCCCCAGUAUAAAUGAGGAUGAGCCCAUUGAUGAGGAAUUUCAGGUGGAAGAUGAAUCCCGAAAGAAAAGAGCACAAAAACAAUCAAAGAAACAGGCGGAAAGUGCUGAUUUUCCAUCUGGCAGCCCCAAAAUAAAUGAGGAUGAGCACGUUGAUGAGGAAAUUCAGGUGGAAAAUGAAUCCCGAAAGAAGAAAGCAGGAAAACAAUCAAAGAAACAGGUUGAAAAUGCUGAUUUUCCAUCUGGCAGCCCCAGAAUAAAUGAGGAUGAUCACGUUGAUGAGGAAUUUCAGGUGGAAAAUGAAUCCCGAAAGAAAAGAGCACGAAAACGAUCAAAGAAACAGGUGGAAAAUGCUGAUUUUCCAUCUGGCAGCCCCAGUAUAAAUGAGGAUGAGCCCAUUGAUGAGGAAUUUCAGGUGGAAAAUGAAUCCCAAAAGAAAAGAGCACGGAAACAAUCAAAGAAAAAGACUGACAAUGAAGAAGAUGAAGAAAAUCCUAGUGUAAAGCGUAAAAAAAGUAAAGAUAAAACAGAAAAGGUUACCAAAGAGAAACCCAAAAAGUUUGCUCACACAACUCGGCAAAAGAGGAGAACUCUUUUUCAGUGGACAAGGUUUUAUUGCUUUGAGAAAAAUACCCCGGCAACAACAUCACAGAUCCCACAAGUGAACCCGAGGGUUGAAGAGGAGGAUACAUUUUCGUUUCGUGAAGAUGAUGAUGCAGAAGCUUUUGGGGAGCAAGCAACUGAGGUGGAGGAUAGUACCAUCUACUUUAAUAAUCAAACCUACAUGGAAAGAACACCCAGAGUCCGAUGGUCAAAAGAGGACACAGAACUGUUCUAUGAGGCCAUUCGGCAAGUUGGCUCAAAUUUUUCCAUGAUACAACAACUCUUUCCUGGGCGGACACGCACACAGAUAAGGCUGAAGUAUAAAAAAGAAGAGCAGCGGCAUCCAUCCAGAAUUCUUGAUGCUCUAACUACUCGUGCCAAUGAUCACUCCCACUUAGAGCAAAUAAUUAAGCGCUUGAAGGAAAUGGCAGCCGAGGAAAACCAAAAUGGCGAUGACUUUGAUGCUUCGGUUGACUUGGCAGGCGAAGAAGAGAGAGAAAAGGAAGAACCAGAGGUGGAGAAUAAUGAGGAAAACGAAGUCCCAGAUACGGUGCCAGACGUUGUUACAGACGAUCAAACUUGUGUGGAUGAUGAGGAAGAGGUCGAGGAAGAAGAUACAGAGGAAGAAUACACAUGUAUUUUUUGAUUAAUCCAAAUUUCCACAACCCUUGGCCGCUGCUUUUUUGCAGUUCAGAAAUGAAUUCAAGCCAAACUCCAAAAGGCGGCCAUUUUUCUGUGUAUUUUUGAACACUUGUGAAUUUGUGAUUGUCAUUUUCUUAUCUGAUCCAAGAAGCCCCCCCCCCCACCCCCUCACUCUUUUCAUCGAUUCACUACUUAGGACUUGUCAUCACCGGAUAUGAUUGAUUCCAAUAUGAUUGGAACAAAUUUUGAUUUAGUCU